AUGAGAUCUGCAAUCAUAUUGGCCCAGAUUCAAACUUUGGAAACACAGGUUAAGCAAGAUGCAAUUGUAUUUUAUGCUGGAUCUGAGGAAUAUAAAGGUAUAUCGAAGCGAUGGUCUGCUAUUGGGUCCGAAGAUCCGGGUGUUGUUAUAUGUCCUUUGAACGCAGGGGGAGUAUCGAUGACUGUUGGCUUUGCAAGGGAGAAUAACAUUGACCUGGCAGUUCAGUGUGGGCGCCACUCCACUGACAGCUCUGCGUCGACUGACGGAGGUAUUUUGAUCGACAUGAGCUACAUGAAACAAGUGACUGUCAACAAGAACACGUCAUCUAUUCGAGUUCAAGGUGGGGCAUUAUGGAGAGAUGUCAAUGAAGUGGCCUCUCAACAUGGGCUGGCUGUUGUUGGAGGUACAGUUAGCCAGGUGGGGGUCGGUGGUCUCACACUCCGAGGAGGAAACGGUUACCUAACGCCAGAAUACGGGCUAGUUAUUGACAAUCUCCUCUCGGCUACAGUGGUAAUGCCUGACGAUACUGAGUUAGCCGUGUCUGCGCAUGAGAAUCCAGAUAUUUUCUGGGCUAUCAGAGGGGCGGGACAGACUGUGGGAGUUGUUACCGAGUUCGAAUUCAAAGCACACCCUCAACCGGACCCUGUUUGGUCUGGAAUUCGGAGCCACUCAGGGGAAAGUGUACUAUCGGUUAUGUGCGCACUCAACUCAGCACUUGCUCAUCCCGGGGGGAAAGCAGCUGCACAGGCUGUGCUAGCCCUUUCUCCGGAUACCGGUAGCGCGAUAGUCAGUGCGGGUCUUUUUUUCAACGGGCCUGAAGAUGCAGCAAGAGAACACUUUACUCAGCUGCUAGAGAUGGAGUGCCUGAGUGACGAUGUGAGCAUGAGAGAAUAUGCGGAUGCUGGUUCAAUGCUCGAUCCGGUAGUGCCCCCAGGGGGUCGAAAGAAGGUCCUUGGGGUACAAAUGACGUUGCCUAUGCGCCCGGAGUUUGUCGCAUUUUUACUAGAGACUAUUGAAAGACAGCUUGUCAGUGAGCCAGAUAUGAAGCAGAGCUUCCUGGCGAUUGAUUAUAUGGACCCCUCUUCAAUUUGCCGUGUCCCGGUCGAGGAUACGGCCUUUCCUUCUCGUGGGGACUUUCUCAAUGGCGCACUGAUCCUGCAGUGGAACGACCCCGAAAAAGAUAAACCCAUCCUUUCUUGGGGAGAAGGUAUCCAGAAGCUGUGUGAAAAUGAAUUGAGACAGAGUGGUCGUGAGCCGACUGGUCUGGUUUCUAAUUUCGUGGGAUAUACACAGGAUAACCAAACCCCCCCUGUCGAUAUGUUUGGCAUAAAUGCUCAACGGUUGCUAAAUAUCAAAGCAAAGUACGAUCCUGACGAUUUAUUCAACAAGCUCAAUCCUCUAUAUGAAGAAAAAGGCUGA